GAGAUGAAGGGGUGGGUCUAUGGUACAUCACCUGAGUUGUGGGGUAAAUGUAGAGAGUGUCAAUCAAAGGCAGAGCUCUCAGAGCUGGGAAGGAGGCUCUAGAUGGCGGCUGUGCCUUAGAGAGAGCGCGCUUUGCUCCCUGCUUCGCUUCACUUUACGCAACUUUCCCUAACUUUCGGGCACCCUCAGGGGGCCCCCGCAGCCCCCUGCCUCUUCUAGUGAGUUACCGGGGUCGAUCCGAACCUUUUUUUUGGGAGAAAAGCAGCGUUUAGGAGCUUUCUUUUCGUGCCUUGUUGGAAGAAGCUGCCGUAUUGAGAGCCCAGGUCGUUGUUUUUUCCAGCUUAGAAGCCAUGGCGCACCUCCAUUUUUGUGCGCUCUCCUAAUGAGGCUUUUUUUUCCCUUCCGGACCUGUUUUAGUAUUAAUUACUGCUUUAUUUUUGACAAGUCAACACAUUUGGGGACUAUUUAAUUUACUUUUUGUUUUUUAACGGAGGAUUUUGCGUUUUUUAAUUAUUUUGGCUCUGAUAUUUUUCUACUACUAGAUAGGACUCUUGCUUUGGACAUACUACAUGGAUCAGUAAAUACCUGGGCACAGGACUUCAAAGCAAACACUGAUUCCCCCUCCCCCUUAAUAUUUAAGAAUUAAAAGAUGAUGAGAAAUAAGGACAAAAGCCAAGAGGAGGACAGUUCGCUACACAGCAAUGCAUCGAGUCAUUCGGCCUCUGAAGAAGCUUCUGGUUCAGACUCUGGCAGUCAGUCGGAAAGUGAGCAGGGCAGCGAUCCCGGAAGUGGACAUGGCAGCGAGUCCAAUAGCAGUUCUGAAUCUUCUGAGAGUCAAUCAGAAUCGGAGAGUGAAUCAGCAGGUUCCAAAUCCCAGCCAGUCCUUCCAGAAGCCAAAGAGAAGCCUGCCUCUAAGAAGGAACGGAUAGCUGAUGUGAAGAAGAUGUGGGAAGAAUAUCCUGAUGUUUAUGGGGUUAGGCGAUCAAACCGAAGCAGACAAGAACCAUCACGAUUUAAUAUUAAGGAAGAGGCAAGUAGCGGGUCUGAGAGCGGGAGUCCAAAAAGAAGAGGCCAGAGGCAGCUGAAAAAACAAGAAAAAUGGAAGCAGGACCCCUCAGAAGAUGAACAUGAACAAGGCACCAGUGCAGAGAGUGAACAGGAACAAAAGAAAGGAAAAGCUAGGAGGCCUGUGCCCAGAAGAACAGUGCCUAAACCUCAGGUUAAAAAGCAGCCUAAGACUCAGCGUGGAAAGCGGAAAAAGCAAGAGUCUUCUGAUGACGAUGACGACGACGAUGAAGCUCCCAAAAGGCAGACUCGACGACGAGCUGCUAAAAAUGUGAGUUAUAAAGAAGAUGAUGACUUUGAAACUGAUUCAGAUGAUCUCAUUGAAAUGACUGGAGAAGGAAUUGAUGAACAGCAAGAUAAUAGUGAAACUAUUGAAAAGGUCUUAGAUUCAAGACUGGGAAAGAAAGGAGCCACAGGGGCAUCUACCACUGUGUAUGCUGUUGAAGCUAACGGAGAUCCUAGUGAGGCCUUUGAGCCCGAGAGGGAGGAAGGUGAGAUCCAGUACCUGAUCAAGUGGAAGGGCUGGUCUUACAUCCACAGCACAUGGGAGAGCGAAGAGUCCUUACAGCAGCAGAAAGUGAAGGGACUGAAAAAACUGGAGAACUUUAAGAAGAAAGAGGACGAAAUCAAACAAUGGUUAGGGAAAGUUUCCCCAGAAGAUGUUGAAUAUUUCAAUUGUCAACAGGAGCUGGCCUCAGAGUUGAAUAAACAGUAUCAAAUAGUAGAAAGAGUAAUAGCUGUGAAGACAAGUAAAUCUACAUUGGGCCAAACAGAUUUUCCAGCUCAUAGUCGGAAGCCAGUGCCUUCAAAUGAGCCUGAAUAUCUCUGCAAAUGGAUGGGACUGCCUUACUCAGAGUGUAGCUGGGAAGAUGAAGCCUUGAUUGGAAAGAAAUUCCAGAAUUGUAUCGACAGCUUCCACAGCCGUAACAACUCCAAAACCAUUCCAACAAGAGAGUGCAAGGCACUAAAGCAAAGACCACGAUUUGUAGCUUUAAAGAAGCAGCCAGCAUACUUAGGAGGGGAGAAUCUGGAGCUCCGGGAUUAUCAGCUAGAGGGUCUCAACUGGCUUGCUCACUCCUGGUGCAAAAGUAACAGUGUAAUCCUUGCUGAUGAAAUGGGCCUAGGAAAGACCAUUCAGACCAUAUCAUUUCUCUCCUACCUGUUCCACCAGCACCAGCUCUAUGGACCCUUUCUUAUAGUCGUCCCCUUAUCCACCCUCACUUCAUGGCAGAGGGAGUUCGAAAUCUGGGCCCCAGAGAUUAAUGUGGUGGUUUACAUAGGCGACCUGAUGAGCAGAAAUACGAUAAGGGAAUAUGAGUGGAUUCAUUCUCAAACCAAAAGGUUGAAGUUCAAUGCACUUAUAACAACAUAUGAGAUCCUUUUAAAAGAUAAGACUGUGCUGGGCAGUAUUAACUGGGCCUUCCUGGGAGUAGAUGAAGCCCAUCGGUUGAAGAAUGAUGACUCUUUAUUGUAUAAAACUCUGAUUGAUUUCAAGUCCAGCCAUAGGCUACUGAUCACGGGCACCCCUCUGCAGAAUUCCCUCAAGGAACUUUGGUCCUUGCUGCACUUUAUUAUGCCGGAGAAGUUUGAGUUCUGGGAAGAUUUUGAAGAAGACCAUGGAAAGGGGAGAGAGAAUGGCUAUCAGAGUCUUCAUAAGGUACUAGAGCCCUUCCUUCUUCGGAGAGUCAAAAAAGAUGUGGAGAAAUCACUUCCUGCCAAAGUGGAGCAGAUUCUCAGGGUGGAGAUGUCAGCCCUUCAGAAACAGUAUUAUAAGUGGAUCCUGACCAGGAAUUACAAGGCUCUUGCCAAAGGAACCAGGGGCAGCACAUCCGGCUUUCUUAAUAUUGUGAUGGAGCUGAAGAAAUGCUGCAACCACUGCUACCUGAUCAAAGCUCCAGAGGAGAACGAGAGGGAGAACGGGCAGGAGGUCCUCCAGUCCCUUAUCAGGAGCAGUGGGAAGCUGAUUCUGUUGGACAAACUGUUGACAAGACUCCGGGAAAGGGGAAACAGAGUCCUUAUCUUCUCUCAGAUGGUGAGGAUGUUGGAUAUUCUGGCCGAGUACCUAACUAUCAAACACUACCCUUUCCAGCGCCUGGAUGGUUCUAUCAAGGGAGAGAUCCGAAAACAGGCAUUGGAUCACUUCAAUGCAGACGGUUCUGAGGACUUCUGCUUCCUGCUCUCUACACGGGCUGGUGGCCUGGGAAUCAAUCUGGCUUCAGCGGACACAGUGGUUAUCUUUGACUCUGACUGGAACCCCCAGAACGACUUGCAGGCACAAGCCCGAGCGCAUAGGAUUGGCCAGAAGAAGCAGGUGAAUAUUUACCGCUUGGUUACAAAGGGGACUGUGGAAGAGGAGAUCAUAGAGCGGGCCAAAAAGAAGAUGGUGUUGGACCAUCUGGUGAUCCAGCGCAUGGACACCACUGGCAGGACAGUUCUCGAAAACAACUCAGGAAGAUCCAACUCUAACCCUUUUAAUAAAGAAGAGCUGACUGCUAUCUUGAAAUUUGGAGCAGAGGAUCUCUUCAAAGAAAUUGAAGGAGAGGAGUCAGAGCCUCAGGAAAUGGAUAUAGAUGAAAUUCUGCGCUUAGCUGAAACCAGAGAAAAUGAAGUGUCAACUAGUGCGACGGAUGAGCUUCUGUCACAGUUUAAGGUUGCCAACUUUGCAACAAUGGAGGAUGAAGAGGAGCUAGAAGAGCGUCCUCACAAGGACUGGGAUGAGAUCAUUCCAGAAGAGCAGAGGAAAAAAGUGGAGGAGGAGGAACGGCAGAAGGAGCUAGAAGAAAUUUAUAUGCUGCCACGGAUUCGUAGUUCCACCAAAAAGGCUCAGACAAAUGACAGUGAUUCUGACACAGAGUCUAAGAGGCAGGCCCAGAGAUCCUCUGCUUCUGAGAGUGAGACGGACGACUCUGAUGACGAUAAGAAGCCAAAGCGCAGAGGGCGCCCCCGCAGUGUGCGCAAAGACCUGGUGGAGGGCUUUACGGACGCAGAGAUCCGGAGGUUCAUCAAGGCUUAUAAGAAGUUUGGUCUCCCUCUUGAAAGGCUAGAGUGCAUAGCACGUGAUGCUGAGCUAGUGGAUAAGUCUGUGGCAGACCUGAAACGCCUGGGGGAGCUGAUUCAUAACAGUUGUGUGUCAGCAAUGCAGGAAUAUGAAGAGCAGCUGAAAGAAAAUGCUAGUGAAGGGAAAGGACCAGGCAAGAGAAGAGGCCCCACAAUCAAGAUCUCUGGGGUUCAGGUUAACGUAAAGUCCAUCAUCCAGCACGAGGAAGAGUUCGAAAUGCUGCAUAAAUCUAUCCCUGUGGACCCUGAGGAAAAAAAAAAAUACUGCUUAACCUGCCGGGUCAAAGCGGCACAUUUCGACGUCGAGUGGGGUGUGGAGGAUGAUUCUCGUUUGUUGCUUGGGAUCUAUGAACAUGGCUAUGGAAAUUGGGAGCUAAUUAAGACAGACCCAGAGCUAAAACUCACUGAUAAAAUUCUACCAGUGGAAACAGAUAAAAAGCCUCAGGGGAAGCAGUUGCAGACCCGGGUGGACUACUUGCUGAAGCUGCUCAGGAAGGGUCUGGAGAAGAAGGGCACUGUGACCAGCGGGGAGGAGACCAAACUAAAGAAGCGGAAGCCUCGAGUAAAGAAGGAAAACAAAGCCCCCAGGCAGAAGGAUGAGCAUGGGCUUGAGCUGUCGUCUCCUCGACACUCAGACAACCCAUCUGAAGAGGGAGAAGUGAAGGAUGAUGGCUUAGAAAAAAGUCCAAUGAAAAAAAAGCAGAAGAAGAAAGAGAACAAGGAGAACAAAGAGAAACCAGUGAGUUCUCGGAAGGACAGGGAAGGAGACAAAGAAAGAAAGAAGUCCAAGGACAAGAAAGAGAAGGUUAAAGGUGGUGAUGCCAAGUCUUCGUGUAAAUCAAAGCGAUCUCAGGGUCCUGUCCACAUUACAGCAGGAAGUGAACCUAUUCCCAUUGGGGAGGAUGAAGAUGAUGAUCUGGACCAGGAAACCUUCAGCAUUUGUAAAGAGAGGAUGAGGCCUGUGAAGAAGGCACUGAAGCAGUUGGACAAACCUGACAAGGGACUCAAUGUGCAAGAACAGCUGGAGCACACCAGGAACUGCCUGCUGAAGAUUGGAGACCGCAUAGCCGAGUGCCUUAAAGCUUAUUCAGACCAGGAGCACAUCAAACUGUGGAGGAGGAACCUAUGGAUUUUUGUUUCCAAGUUUACAGAAUUUGAUGCACGAAAACUACAUAAGUUAUAUAAGAUGGCUCAUAAGAAAAGAUCUCAAGAAGAGGAGGAACAAAAGAAAAAAGAUGAUACGCUUGGUGGUAAGAAACCAUUUCGACCAGAGGCCUCUGGUUCCAGCCGGGACUCUCUGAUGUCUCAGUCCCAUACCUCACACAACCUUCAUCCUCAGAAGCCUCAUUUGCCUGCCUCCCAUGGCCCACAGAUGCAUGGACAUCCAAGAGAUAACUACAGUCACCCCAACAAGAGACACUUUAGUAAUGCAGAUCGAGGAGACUGGCAAAGAGAAAGAAAGUUCAACUAUGGCGGUGGUAACAAUGCGCCCUGGGGCAGUGACCGGCACCAUCAGUAUGAGCAGCAGCACUGGUACAAGGAUCACCAUUAUGGUGACCGGAGACAUAUGGAUGCCCACCGUUCUGGAAGCUACCGACCUAACAACAUGUCCAGAAAGAGACCAUAUGAGCAGUAUAGCAGUGACCGAGACCACCGGGGACACAGAGACUAUUAUGACAGGCACCAUCAUGACUCUAAACGGAGGAGAUCAGAUGAUUUUAGGCCCCAGAAUUACCACCAGCAGGAUUUUCGACGAAUGUCUGACCACAGACCCGCAAUGGGCUACCACGGCCAGGGACCCUCAGACCAUUACCGCUCUUUCCACACAGACAAGUUGGGGGAAUACAAACAGCCCCUGCCCUCAUUACACGCUGCAGCCUCAGAUCCUCGCUCACCCCCUUCCCAGAAGUCUCCCCAUGAUUCCAAGUCACCCUUGGAUCACAGGUCUCCUUUGGAGAGAUCGCUAGAACAGAAAAACAACCCAGACUAUAACUGGAAUGUUCGGAAAACAUAAAGGACAGCUCCGAAAGGGGCGCGAUCACGGGAGUCAUCAAGCACUUGGACUUUUUGGUCUGGUCCAGCGGUGGCCAGUGGUCAGGCUAGCGAGUGGAGUUCUUGGAUACGCUGCUGCUGAAUCCACUAACUUGGCGGCUGAAGGAGCACUUCAGGGAGUCGGAGGCCUUCAUCUGCUGCUUUGGUUUGGUCUCUACUCCUGCGCUUUGGCACCCUGUCCCAUCCUAGCCUAUUGUGGCUUCCCACCUCCGUGGGUGCUGGGAGGAAGAGGUGACUUAUGUACCAUCUUCAUUGGGCUGCUUUCCCUGUGAAGGAAUCGGGGAUCUUGAGAGUCAAUGAAUGUUAUAUUCAGCAUGAGUGACCAGGGCAAGGACCUGCUGGACAGUGUGUGAUUGGUUCACUAUGACGUGAGGGUGCUGCUGAUGGGAAGUGGGAGGUCACAGGGUGGGUUUCACACUGCAAGACUUGAAAGGGGAGCACGUAUACCCCUCAGAUGUUUCUGGGAGAAGUGACACACUUGGUCUCGUUACGUGAAGUGGGGUGGGCAUAGAGAGACAGGAAACAACUUCCAAAAUGGCGUCCCACCCGCCAACACUAAUUCUUCCCGUACUAUCUCUGUACAUUUCAAACGUUUGGUCUUCUGGUGGAGUCCAUUUUCCCUCUUUGUCAGGGAAAAUUGGAUCCCUUUGGCCGACUUUAGAGAACUGUGACAUUGGCAUCAUUGAUGCCACCGUGGGUCUUACUUGUUUGGGGCAUGGGCUUAGUGGGUGUAGGGGUGGAGAUGGGGCUUUGGGGUAGUGUCACCAGGAAAUAGGAAUCCCUGGUGGGUGUCUGAGUCACGGGUCCUGAUGGUGGCCUGCUGAUGGGGUGCCUGCUGGUAAGCCCAGAGCUGGGGCACUCAUGCAGAUGGGGAGGGGUGGGGUUCUGAAUGUGGGCAUUGGUGGUGCCAGCAAGCAGGGAGCUUUCAGUAUUGGAGUGGGUCAGUGAAUGUACUUGCAUCUCGGUUCCUUUACACAGCUUGAAGACGCAGGCUAUACACACCCAAACAUCUUGACAGUUGAGGUUCAGUCAGGGAAAAAUACCUGAGGGGUUACAUUUCCAUUGCAAGUUAGGAUUCAGCAGCGUCAAGCCCUCUUUCUUUAUGAUCUGUAGAGUAUAAACCUAAGUUAAUUUUCCCAACUCCCAAACAGCCAUGACUGGGGUAGCUGAGCUGUAAGAGGACAGGUGGCCUGUUGGGGUCAGAUUGGGGCAGGUUGGUGGGUUGCAUCAUUGAAUGGCUCUUCUCAGCAUAUGGAUAACUGGGUUGCGCCUUUGGUUUGACUCACUUUCAGUAUAGCUUGCCAGUAUUGUUAAGGUAUCCAAAGCCUUUCUAGAUGGACACAGGAAAGCUGACUUUAACAUAUAGAUGGUGUGGUGAGAGUCCAGGCUCAUUCUGAGUUGAUGAAAAGUCUUCUUUUGGACAUACGCAGGAUUCAGCUCUCUGAACUCCUUUGGGGAUGGGGUGGACCCAUCCUGGGCAGUACCAUUAAUGACCUACCCAAGACAAGCUUGAAUUGUGUCUUUGAGUCCAUCGUCUGGCCAUGGCAUGGCUGUGGUGGGCCAUUGCUUCCGCUACUUAGAGCACCAUGGACCUGGCUGUACUGAGUCGAUCCCUGCAGCCAGUGCUCAAUAGACCACCCUCUGGAUGCCUCAUGGCACCUGGUCCCUCACCCUGAUCUUGGGCAUGCACUGGAGUCCUCUGGCUGGAGUCUCCUGCCUGGUGGCCUUCUGGAUGCCUCAUGGCACCUGGUCCCUCACCCUGAUCUUGGGCAUGCACUGGAGUCCUCUGGCUGGAGUCUCCUGCCUGGUGGCCUGCCACGGUUUCUCACACAGUGAACAGUAAACCAGAGUUGGAGCUUCUUGCUGAUGACAUCGACACUAAUAUUGAUUUGCUGGGCUCUUUGGUGCCCUGUGCAAGGUGGAGGCCUUGCCCUUCCACGCUUACCUAGGCCUUUUUCUCUUUCAACUUGUUGGUAGAAGUUGUAAGUUAUUCUCAAAGAUGUCUCAUCAUGAGGAAAAAGGAACUUUUGUUUCCUUCAGGACUAAAGUGCCAUAAUAUGUAGCAAAAGGCGAUGUUGGCCAGAUCAGUGUUACAUUGAUUCUAGAUUGCAGUAUCUCCCAUCAGACAUCUGUUGUGGGUUUUGAAGUGUAUCUGACGAGUGGGUUGGGAGAAAGGAGGCUUUCCUCUUGCUUUAAACCAGUAUGUGCACCAUACGCUUACAGCAGCAGUCUGCGCAGGUGGACGAGGCUGUCGGCGGAGUUCUGGUGGAACCCAGCUUUGGGCAGCUCAUGGUUGAGGAAAGAGUGAGUGUUGCCAAGGCCUGAAGUACUGUGAUGCACCGUGACCCUAGACCAGGAAGGUGAUGUUUCUGCUGACCACGGUGUCCCCUCAUUGGCCAGCCUGCGGGAGCCCGACCUCCUGGUCCUUCCUGGGACUCUUGUGUAGUCAUUCCAUAAGCCCCGCAAAGGGAACGCAAACAUUUCUCACUGUGUUGCUGUUGCCCUGACCUGGUGUGGCUGGCAGCUGCAUCAGGCUUUGCAGAGCAAAGGUGAUUCACUUACGUGUUCACACACACAGCAACACUGAAAUCUUAUAGACCAAAACCCCCAUGUCAGCAGGAGCCGUGUCCAGGCCCAGCACCUGUGGUCUUGUCGCUCAUCUGAGGCCAGCUGUGUCAGGUGAAGAGAGCCAUGCCAAGGGUCCAGGCUGCUUUAGUCCAUCUGUCCCUACUCAUUUGGGGACAGGUGGUUUUUCUUGUAAACUUGUGGACUUUUGAAACCUGUUGACUAAACAGUAAUUAAUUUAUAUUUGUGAAAAAUGCCACUGUCCUAGUGAUUUCUGAUGUAAAUAAUGUUGUUUAUAUAGUAUGUAUUAAAUUUUCCUACAUUGUAAAACUGCUGUACUUUUGAUUCUUGUAUAUUAAAAAGCGUU